CCAGCCUGAGCUCCUCCACAGGCCUCCCCACGUUCGGGCCUGGUCUGCAGGGCCUGGGGCGCAGGGCUGACGCAGCCCACGCUAUCUCCAGGCCGGUCUCUCCCUCCCCACUGCCCACUUAAGAGGAUCUAAGUUCAGGACUCCCUCCCCCAGCAUCCUGGUGUCCCCCACCCUAGACUAGUGGCUGAGCCUGGGUACAGGUUGGGGGUCUCGCAGUUUCCACAAGCCAGGGAGAGCUGGCUGCGUCCAGUGUACACGCUGGGGGUGGAGUGGAGAGGAUGAAGAGGGAGUGAUUAGGUUGAAGUUCAGAGGUCAGGGCCGGGAGAGCCAGGUGUCCCUGUGGCUGGGUGUGUGAGCGGCAGGGCAGAGGGCAAAGGGCGCUGUCCAUGCUCUCUGAACCUGACCUGCCAGGUAAGCAGGAUAUCUUGGCAUCCCUUCUCUGCCCUUUCCAGCAGACGAGUUUCUCAUGCCCUGCAAGAGGGUCACUGAGGUACAUGGAAGCCUAGAGCCAGUGGGCACUUAGCAUCUCCUCAGGUGCUCCCACAUGCAAGGUGCUGGCACCCAGAGCCUCAGUCCUCGGCUGCCAGGGCCCUAGGCAGAUUUGGGCUCAGCCCACAGGCUGCAGCCAGGAACUCACUUGCAGCCAAGGGCCCGGGCCCAUGGGUAGGCGGCUUGGCAUGCUGGGUCAGCCAGGUCAGGCCCCGGUUUCCCCCAUUCAGGCUCCCAAGCUGGAUCCUGGCUCGAAGAAGCUGCGUUAAGGCUCUCUUCCCCUUCCAGGGGAUGCAGGGAUCCCUAGCCAGCAAAGCGAAAGAGAAAGUCGCCCCGCCCCGCCCCGCCCCUCGGCCAAUCCCGGGGCCCCUUGUCGCCUUCUGGUUGCUUAUCUCCUCGUUGAGCUUGAGUAGAGCCGGCUUGCUGGAGCAGUGGAGCCUGGAGGGCCCGUGCACCCAGGGAGUGGCGGCUGGCCCCUUGCAGUCGUCCAGCCUCUCACCUCGGUCCCACCAGCACUCACCUAUCCACCGCUGCCGCCGCCGCGCCUUCCCCUGUCCUGCCCUGUCAUCAGCACCCCUACCACCUGGUGGCCGCCUCUGCUGCUCCUGCCGGGGUGCUAGAGUUAAAUGGCUGAUAAACAGAUCAGCCUGCCAGCCAAGCUCAUCAAUGGUGGCAUUGCUGGACUAAUCGGGGUCACCUGCGUGUUCCCCAUCGACCUGGCCAAGACGAGGCUGCAGAACCAGCAGAAUGGCCAGCGCAUGUACUCCAGCAUGUCUGACUGCCUAAUCAAGACCAUCCGCUCGGAGGGCUACUUCGGCAUGUAUCGAGGAGCUGCUGUGAACCUGACCUUGGUCACCCCAGAGAAAGCCAUCAAGCUGGCAGCUAAUGACUUCUUCCGGCAUCAGCUUUCGAAGGACGGGCAGAAGCUGACCCUGCCUAAAGAGAUGCUGGCAGGCUGUGGGGCUGGCACCUGCCAAGUGAUUGUCACCACCCCCAUGGAGAUGCUGAAGAUCCAGCUCCAGGAUGCAGGCCGAGUUGCUGCCCAGAAGAAGAUUCUGGCUGCCCAGGCCCAGCUCUCGCCCCAGGCGGGGGCCCCACCUUCUGUGGAGGCUCCUGCUGCACCCCGGCCCACGGCCACUCAGCUGACUCGAGACCUACUGCGGAGCCGUGGCAUCGCUGGUCUCUACAAGGGACUGGGGGCCACGCUACUCAGGGAUGUCCCCUUCUCCAUCGUCUACUUCCCCCUGUUUGCCAACCUGGACCAGCUGGGCCGCCCGGCAUCUGAGGAGAAGUCGCCCUUCUACAUAUCCUUCCUGGCUGGCUGUGUAGCUGGAAGUACAGCCGCUGUGGCUGUCAACCCCUGUGAUGUGGUGAAGACCCGGCUGCAGUCACUGCAGCGGUGUGUCAAUGAAGACACUUACUCUGGGUUUCUGGACUGUGCCAGGAAGAUCUGGCGCCACGAGGGCCCCUCCGCCUUCCUGAAGGGUGCUUACUGCCGCGCACUGGUCAUCGCUCCACUGUUCGGCAUCGCACAGGUGGUCUACUUCCUGGGCAUUGCCGAGUCCCUGCUGGGGCUACUGCAGGACCCCCAGGCCUGAGCUCACCGUGGGGUUGGAGCAGGGCAGCUGGCCCAGGACUGAGAGAGGGAAGGUCUCUCUCCAGCUGUCCCCUGUCAGUGGGGCCCGGGGGAGGGAACAGGGUCCACAGGGGUGGUGCACACAUAGGCCCCCAUGGGGCCCUGCUGGCACACCAUUGGGAUCAAUGUCUUAUUUAUGUAGAAAAUGCAGAAAUCUGUACAUUCCUUGAGCCAGACCCUGACCCAGUCCUGCCCAGCCUGAACACCCCCAGGCACAGAGCUGGUCUCUGGGCUGGGGGCUCAGGCCUGGGCUGAGCAGGCUGGACCCUACCCUCCUUCUGCUGGGUCCUGUCUCCGAAGCUCUCCUGGUCUUCAGAGGGGACCCACACAAACCUAUUUAUUGAACUUGCUGUGCCCAUGUGGCUCUGCCUGUCCUGUGCAUCCAUCCACUGUCCCUGCUGCUCUCCCCACCUUGGCCAGCUUUCCAGAACACCCAGAGUGGGUAGGGCUCACGCUGAGUGCUGGCUCCCAGGGCAAGCGCCCCGCUGUGGGACCUGGUGGCCCACCACGGCCCCAGGCUGGCCUAGGUCACACAAGGUCUGUGUGUGUGUGCAUGCGUGAGGAACAAGUUGUGCCUGCCAGCCCUCAGCUUUCCUUUUUGUUUUUUGGUACCAGGGAUGGAACUCAGGUCCUUGCGCUUGGGCAGCAGGUGACGAAACCACUGAGCUAAAUCCCUGGCCCUGCUUUCCCAGGUCCUUGGGAAUGGGCCCCACAUGGCCAGGCACUAUGUGUUUUCCAGACCCUCUGCUGACCCCAUCCAGGAAUUUAUUUCUCCAGCCUGGCCUCUCUUUUGAGACCCCUCACCCCUAGAUUGGGAUUGGCCAAGGGCAGAUGUGAAGGCCAGUAUAGAGGCUGGGGGCACCUGCUCUGCUGUGGGGGAGGGAGGAGCUGCUGCCCAGUCCCCCAGGGGCCACCCUACUCUCCUAACCAUGCUGGGGAACCCCCUCCCUCUCACCCCGAUGUCCUGAAUUGAAGCAGGCUCCUUGCCCUGCCCUGUUGUGAUCGUGUUGGUGACUGAUCCUGAUGUGCUGGUGCUGUGUCCCCAACCUGGUCCCCUCUGCGGAGGCCCCUUCCCAGCGACACUACCUGGGGCUCAGGUCUGGGCCCCGAUUUCACGGUUGCUCCUGGGAGCUGCCCCCUCCCGUAUCUUUACCUUGGAAGCUGCUGCUGCUGCUUACAGAAUUAUAUUUUUUUCUUUUGGAGAAGUUUUAGGAAGUUGUAACUUUUUGUGUCUUGUCAUGUAAGAGGAUAAAUAAAUAUUCUAUGUAGACA